AUGGAGCCUCCAAAUCUCCAUCAACACCAAGAACAGUUCACUGGUUACUUCUCUUCUCUGCUCUCCCUCCCUCCCCCAGAUCAUAACAAGCCAGCAGCACCCACUUUAACCUCCACCAACACUGCCAGUAGCCACUUCCUCAGCUCACAGAACCUCAUGUUGAGUGGUAAUAACAUGAGUUACCAAAACUAUCACCAGCUAGCUGAAUCAUCAUCAACUGAUGGCUACUCAUGGCCACCACCACCACCACCUCACAGAUCUUCCAUGAAUGUCGAUCUAGAAAGCUUCGUGGCCAACGAUUUUUUGUUCUCCAAGAUCAAAGAUGAAAUGCCUGCAGCCGAAACCUUCCACAAUAAUAGCAACUAUUUGACGACUACUACUACUUCUGGCUUCUCAUCAGCAGAUCACCAUCAUCAUUAUCAGUUCUACCCUAGUAGCCAUCACCAUCACGAUGCAGACAGCAGAAAGGGUAGUAACUAUUUCCUGAAUUCUGAAACUCCAGAGGAUUCAAGUUGUGGUAGCAGAUCUUCGUAUAGUCAUGUCAUGCCGAGUAUAAACGUGUUGACCUCGGAUAAUCUGUGCUCUUCUCUGGUGUCAAGCUCUCUAGACUUGAACUUAAGAUCCGCCGCGGAUAAUCAUCAUCAUCAUCAUCAUCAUCGUCAUCUGAACCUUACUUCAUCGUCAUAUGAUGGUAUUGCUGCUGGUAGCUCCUCCGGACUUAAUACUACUGUCUCGAGAAACAGCAGCAUCAGUCACCAUUUCAUUGGAGAUAGUCCAACACACAGUUCUUCAAAUAAUAAUAAUAAUAGUAAAGUUAGGAAGGAGAAACUUGGAGACAGAAUUGCUGCUCUUCAGAGGCUGGUGGCACCUUACGGCAAGACAGACACUGCCUCAGUAUUGACCGAAGCUAUUGGGUACAUACAAUUCCUCCAUGACCAAGUUCAGACACUGAGUGUGCCUUACAUGAGGUCAUCACCAAACAACAAGCCGAAUAGGUCAAUGAUCAUGGUUAGGAAUUCAAGUGAGGAAGAUCGUCUUCAGCAUGGGAAGGGGGAAUCAGCAGAUCUCACAAGUAGAGGUCUCUGCCUUGUGUCCCAGUCUUUUGCUUCGUAUUUAAACGGCUACAAUAAUGUUGGCAUCUGA